GGGCGGGGGCGAGGACCAAGCGACCACCCGGACGCGGGUCCGGGCGGCUCCAGGUCACGGCGGGAACUCUCGGCCAGCCCCGCGAAGGCCCACAAUUGCAGGCGCGAGAGGUGUGCGGGGACAGGAGGUGGGGGUCCCGCGCCGGAAGUGGAGGGGGCGGCCGAGGGGCUGCGAGACGGAGAGGAAACGGGGAGCUGCGGUUCCGGACGCCCCUGUCCCCGCCGCGGCUGCGGAAGCAAGGCUCCUCCAGGUGGCGGGGACGGGGCGGGGCUCGCCCAGGUGGUGGCGGCGGGACGCCGCGACGGGGGCGUGGCGGCGGGAGCCCGCCUCCCGCCCUUCCCCGGCCGCUCCGGCCCGGCGCUGCCAGACGCUCUUCUGCUCCCGCCCUGGUCGCCCGGCCAUGGGUCUUGGGCGCAGGGCCGCCCAGUCUGCGGCGUGACGGGCGGCUCAGAGGCCGCCAGCGUCUUCACUCCCACCCGGAGCGGCCCGACGCACCGCCUGCUUCGGGAGCACUCGCGCGCAAAGCAAAGCCCGCCGCCCAACUCAUGGAGCUGCCUCACUGUCCAAUCUGAUCGCCGAGGUCACCACACCCCAGCACCGACCUCCUGCCAGGUCAGCCCUGUCCCCACCAGCGCCACUUUGCCAUGAGACAUCUUCCCUGGUGGUCAGACAUCUGAUGGUCACCAUGGGCCAGUGUUACUACAAUGAGACCAUCGGCUUCUUCUACAACAACAGUGGCAAGGAGCUCAGCUCCCACUGGCGGCCCAAAGAUCUGGUCGUCGUGGCGCUGGGCCUGACUGUCAGCGUGCUGGUGCUUCUGACCAACCUGCUGGUCAUCGCAGCCAUCGCCUCCAAUCGCCGCUUCCACCAACCCAUUUACUACCUGCUCGGCAACCUGGCCGCAGCUGACCUCUUUGCCGGUGUGGCCUACCUCUUCCUCAUGUUCCACACAGGCCCGCGCACAGCCCGGCUGUCACUCCAGGGCUGGUUCGUGCGGCAGGGCCUGUUGGACACGAGCCUGACGGCCUCCGUGGCCACACUUCUGGCCAUUGCCGUGGAGCGGCACCGCAGCGUGAUGGCCGUGCAGCUGCACAGCCGCCUGCCCCCAGGCCGGGUCAUCAUGCUGAUUGUGGGCGUGUGGGUGGCCGCGCUGGGGCUGGGGCUGCUGCCCGCCCACUCCUGGCACUGCCUCUGUGCCCUGGACCGCUGCUCUCGCAUGGCCCCCCUGCUCAGCCGCUCCUACCUCGCCGUCUGGGCGCUGUCCAGUCUGCUCGUCUUCCUGCUCAUGGUGGCUGUCUACACCCGCAUCUUCUUCUAUGUGAGGCGGCGAGUGCAGCGCAUGGCCGAGCAUGUCAGCUGCCACCCCCGCUACCGUGAAACGACGCUGAACCUGGUCAAGACUGUUGUCAUCAUCCUAGGGGCAUUUGUGGUCUGCUGGACGCCGGGCCAGGUGGUGCUGCUCCUGGAUGGUCUGGGCUGCAAGUCCUGCAACGUCCUGGCAGUGGAGAAGUAUUUCCUACUCUUAGCCGAGGCCAACUCGCUGGUCAACGCCGUGGUGUACUCCUGCCGUGAUGCUGAGAUGCGCCGCACUUUUCGUCGUCUCCUCUGCUGUCGGUGCCUCCGCCCAUCUACCCACAAGUCUGUUCGCUACACAGCCUCCACUCCCACAGGCACUGGCACUCGCAUCAUGCUUCCUGAGAAUGGCCAUUCCCUGAUGGACUCCACCCUUUAGCUAACCUUGGAUUUAAGCAGGGUACAGCAAAUGCCACAUCGCUGCCCCGGGCCACUGUGGAUGCACCUGGCUCUACCCAGUCUGCGGGCCAGACUUAAAGGCAGACCAUGAGUCUGACAUGGCAUGAACCACUGCCAGCCCUACCCAGGCACACAGCUGUGCCUGUCUCUGAGCCUGUGGGUUAGGGUCAUCUAUGCAACUGGGAGAGAGUUGAAUGGGGUGCAAGAAUCGGGCUCUGAAGUCAUCUCAGGUUGGGGGCUUUUUAACAGACACUUUUCUGUUUUUUUCUGCACAUGCCUGGUAACCCCUGUGGACUGCUUUCUUGUCUGUGGUGGUGUAGAUGAUAAAUAUGAAAGAGACGAGGACUCUCGGGCCAUGCAGCCCGGGGAAGCAGGGUAACGAGGACGGACUAUGGGAGCCCCGUCUGCCUGAGGCUGACUGUUUAGGGGCACAGACAGGAGUGCCAAGUGUGAGCUGGGAAAGGUCUGUGACCCCUUGCAGCCUCCAGAGGUCUUGCCUGUCCCAUGAGAACUGAGGCAGUCUACAAGGAGGGCAUGAUUUAAGGAGUAAACUUUUCUACUCUGAGA